AUGAAUCUUUCACUCGAUACAAUAUUAACAAAUGCACGUGAACUUGUUUCUCGUUUACGUCGUGACGAUGCCACAGCUGAUACAGCUGUCAGUCAAGCACAAUUUGUUCAAGAACGAAUUCUUAGUAUGAAACAGUAUGGUGAUGAUCUUGCAGAAUUAAAUGAUAUCAGUGCUCAUCGUCCAAAAACAGCUAUUCUUUAUAAUAUCCAAAAAGAAAAUCGACUUAUCAGACAAUUACAAAAAGAAAAUGAAGAAUUAAAACAAUUAGUUACUGAACAUCGAAGUGUAUUGGAAAAAAUUAUGUAUAAAUAUCGACAAGAUGUACAACGACUUAUUUUAAUGGAUAAAGAAGAAACAAAAGCUGUAAAUUUAUUUAAUGCUUCAUUAGCACAGGAUAUUCAAGAUAAAUCAUCAAAAAUUCAUGAAAUGGCUACAGUAAUGCGUCGUGCUAUUGAUAUUGAUGAUACGAAUAGUGCAUCACAAGAAGAACGUAUAAAUGCUUUAUUACUUGAAAAUCGUGGUUUAAAAGAAAUACUUGCUGUACAUGAAAAUAUUCAUCGAACCAAGCAAAUAUCAGAGGUUUGUACUUAG